GUUGCUUCAGUUAGUUUAGAGUUUGAGAGUCCUCUUUCUUUUGUAUAUAUAACAAUCCCUGUUCUUAGUUUUUCAUUAAAAAAAUAGACAAUUUCAUUUUAGCUCUCUUUCUUCAUUACGUUAUAUAUAUGUAUAUAUAUAUAAAAAAAAAAAAAGAGUUCGAAAGGGAAAUAAAAUUCACAUCUUUUACUCAACAUUUUAAAUUUCUUUUCAAGUAAUGGCUCAAUUUAGAUACAGCGAAGCAGAUUCCAAAUUUGAAUAUCUGUUUUUUUUUGGGUUCCUUUUAGAAACAAAACAAGGGGCACUAUAUCAAAAGAAGGAACGAAAUACAAGCAAUACUCCAACAAACAAGAUCAAAACGAAAGAGACCGGAGAUGCUCAAAAGAAGAACCAAAAAAUAAAAAAUUAAAAAAUACAGCAGAGAAAUGAUAACUUGUCCAAAAAGGUCCUAGUAAAAAAAGCACCAAACAGCAACAAUAAAGAAGAUGAGCAGACUACGGCUAGCUACUGCUGAGGAUUUCAGGAUCAAGAUUACCCACCUUAAUCAUGAUGCCUCAGGAGAUGUCAGAUGCCACCCAAAUGUAUCCCACUGCUUGAGAUCCCUAUAGAGGAUCGUUAUGUCGGUCAUAUGACCUAUAGGGGUUCCAGGAGGUUAACAAAAUUGAAGAAAAGGUUUGAGGGGCAUGGAUUGUUGGGGAGGGUGAAUGAGUUUGUUUUUGGACCAGUCUUCACAGCCCCUGCCUUUUCGUUCUUUGGAGCAUUGGUGCACACACUGCUUUUGUGGAAGGUGAAGUCUCUGCGUGGCGAUGAGGUGCACUUCUUGAUGGGCCCAAACUUAUGUAAGUUUUGGGUGCACGAGUUUGUCAUUAUCACUGACCUGAGCUGCUCCUGUCCACCACUUGCCGCUGACAUUCAACCUCACCUUACUUCCUCCCGCCUAGUUGAUACAUAUUUCAGUGUGGAGCCCAAGAAAGACAUUAAGUUCAAUGUGUUGGAACGAGCUUUUAGUAUGUGUGAUAUACUUGAUGAUUUGUACAAGCUCGGUUUGUUUUACUUUGUGGAGGGGAUACUAUUGGUCGCUGAGUACGACAAUGCUAUUUGGCGAGAUUCAUUGUCGAUGGUCAAUGAAUUAGAUUAUUUUGAGAAGUAUCCGUGGGGAUCCCUUUCAUUCGAUACAACUGUGAAGCAAUUCAGUAGAGAUAUGAAAGUGAUUGGUGCUACAAUACCUUGUAAGAAGGCGAAGAAGAUCAUUGAGGUGGAGUCUUCUAAGGGUGUUCAGGUGGAGGCAAAGUACACCUGCAAGGGGUAUCUACCAGCCCUGCAAUAUUGGGCAUACGAGACGAUUCUUGAUUUGCAUAAGGAAUACGCCAAGCCCUGUGGAUUCAAGUUCCCUAGGAUGCUACAGUGGGAGAGCAUAGGCCAGCCGAAGCAUUUGCAUUUGAAGGAUGCACUUGCGAGGAGACAUGCCUCGACCAGACGAGCGAGACUUCUUCGGCACCAUAUAUCAGAGGACAGAAGGGGAUGCUCCUAGGUAUGCGAUGCUGCAGGAUAUGAUCCAGCUUGCAACAAAGGAUGGAAGACCUUAUGAUCUUGAGGCAGAGGCUGCUGCGGUGGCUGAGAUAGCCGUGGAGGCUGGCAUAUUUGUGGAGGAUGCCCCGACGGAGACUACUCCAAAUACUAGUGGAAAACCUACUUUUGCUCCUGGGGCUUAUGAGGUUGUGUUGGGUGAGAUGGGUAGACUAUCAGGUGUAGUGGACGAGGUUAAGGCCACUCUAGGUAUCGUCCUUAAGAAUCAAGAAGUCAUAUUAGAAAAGCUGGCAACACUUGGUGGUAUACUUACUCCUGCACCUACUCCAGUAGAGGAUGUAGAGUACGACAUUCUCCCCACAUGUUACGAGCCUCCUGUUGGAGAAGCCACACCUUCUUAGCUAGUGUAGACGAUCUUAGGCACGACUAAUCCAUGAGUUUUUACAUGUUUUAAAGAGAUUAGAUACUAAUUGCUCCCGUUACAGGUAAACGCACUAGACAGAGACCAGUAAGGUACGAGAACUAUACUCCAGCAGCCAAGAAACCAAAGUUCAAGGACCCAGUUACGAUCCAUCCUUUAAAGGUGUUGGAUCAAGAUAUGUUGACAACUUUUAACCGAUGGGUACUCGGUGAGAUUGACAACAAUAGACCGAGGAAGUUGGAAUGUUGUGAUGGCACCCAUGUUUGGUUCUGGAAGUUGAAGGUGGCAAAAGAAUGCAUCUCGACGCUGCGAAUUAUCUUAUACGGAGACGUCUUUUUGAGUUGCCGAGGACGUACCCCGUGAAAGCCACCGUACUUGAUUCAUCAUUUGCACAGUAUAUUCCUGCUAGAUAUGAUGACUUUAAAAACAAAAGCAGGGCUUACCAAUGGGAUGAGGACAUUCUUAAUUUCUUGAAAGGAGAUUGUAAAAAAUACAAGAAGCCUUGGAGUGAUUGCAACAAGGUCUACUUCCACUGGUGCUUGGAAAAUCGUCAUUGGGUCCUUUGCGAAAUAAAUUUCACUAACUGGAUGAUCACUGUAUUUGACUCAGAUCAUUCCAACUUUAGCCAUAAUAAGUUGUCUGAGUUAAUCGAGCCUUGGACUAGGAUGCUUCCAUCUUUACUCAACGCUUCCGAUAUGUUUAAAGGACACCCAAAGUUGAAAAUAGCUAGACCGAAGAUCACAGUUCCAAACUUUGAUUGGCGGUGCAUGUCCACUGAUAUUGUCCCACAGUUUAAAAGCAGCGGAGAUUGUGGCGUAUUCGCCAUCAAACACUUGGAGUUUAUUCUUGGAUACAUUCCCUUAUCAUAUGCCAUCGACGACCACAUUCAGUUUUUAGGGAUAAAUUAUGCAUCAACAUUUUUUAUGAGAAUAUGUACGCUUGAUGUUAGAACAUCUAUUUUGAUUUCUUUAUGUUAGAACAUUUAUUUUGAUUUCUCCUUAGUUUUGUUUAUAAAAAAUGUCAUUUCGAUGGCUAUUCGAUGAUACACAAUAAUAUAUUUCUCCUUAGUUAUGUAUAUAAACAAUGUCAUUUCGAUUGACAA